AUGGGUUUAGAUGAUAUUCCCGCGGAAUCGCUGAGAUCCUUAAAGAAACUUCACUAUUUGUUUCUGGAUGAAAAUGAGAUCAAAGUCCUCCGCAAAGACUCUCUCGCAGGCAUCAAAGCCAGCCUCUUGGUGACUCGUCGAGUGCCCAAACUAGGUAAUACCUACUUCGUAAAUUGUAAGGGCAGAGCUUUCAUGAAGGUUCCAGAUCUUUCAUCUUUAAGUGAAAAUGCUCUCCCAAAACGUUUGGAUUUGUCAAGAAAUAUGCUCAUGUCCAUAUCACGGAGCGACUUCCCCAGCAAUCUGAAUGUCGCCAUGCUGUUUCUCGAAGCUAAUGACAACGUGAAGCUGCAAGAUAGUGCCCUGAUAAACCUUGCGGGGUCGCUACAGUUCUUGGGGUUACAGAGCAUCCGCCUGCAAUUCACUUCUCCCUUCACCUUCCUCAGAGGGCUCUCAAAGCUGCAGAAGUUGAUACUGAACUACAACAGCCAGAAAAAUGACGGUGUGAUUGCGCCAAACAUCUUCAAAGGUCUUGGUCUGACCGCCCUGAAGGACGUUUCCAUGUACAAUUGCCACAUUGCAGGUGUUGGGGAUAAAGCGUUUGUUGGUAUUGAGAGUCUGGAGGAGUUAGAUCUGACGUUUAACUGGUUGAAAGAGGUCCCUUCUGCCGUCAAGGAUCUGUAUAAUCUCAAGAAACUGACCCUGAGAUUGAACAACAUUAAAUCAAUAUCCAUCAAUAGCUUUAAAGGAAUGUCAAGCUUACGUGACCUUGACCUCAGUGAUAAUGGUGGCCUGAAAAUUGAAGAAGGAUCUCUCGCUGGGCUUGAGAAGAGUCUCGAGUCUCUUGCACUGAGGACAUGCGAACUGGAUGAUGUGCCCACAGCGGGGAUGUGGAGUCUCGCAGCUCUGAAGAUCUUAAACAACCGAAUAUGUGUUUUGAAAACUGAUUCACUGAAGGGAAUCGGAGCAAAUUCCUACGAUUUUUCUGAUAACUGCCUCUAUAGGAUCGAAGACAAUGUUUUUGAUGGAAAGGGUCGAGGUAUUUCGUUGGCUUUGAAACGAACCAACAUGACUGAUGUACGUUUUGUUUUACAAUAUAAAGAGAAAACAUUCCAACAGAUUUGGCUAGAAGGACUAGAUCUGAACUGCGAUUGUUCUGUGUUUGAUGCCAUGUGGGUGUCUGAACCGUGGACACUGGAAGGACAGUGUCUGCUGAACUCGGAGUCCAAGGACUUAAAGGACUAUGAGUUUAAAAAAUUCCUCCAGAACAACUGUACUGUGGAGGAGAAGAAGACAGAAACAGUAGACCAAGUAGUGACCGAAAUUAAAGAAACUAAUGGUGUGAGUAGGUUUUCUAUUAACUGGGUAGUUUUGAUAAUGUCGUUACUUUUUUUGGCAUUGUUGGCGGAAAAAUAACAUAACACGCUUUACUGAUCACAUGAGAAGAAGAGGUUAUAAACGUUAAUCAAUGCCUUUGCAACACUUAAUAUCUUGUUUCCAUGACAUACUAUCGUAUUCCAAUG